CACAUCAUUCCCGUUUUCGUUAUUUACUAGGCACUACGUACAUUGCCAUGUUGAUUUGUUGCAUUGUUGCACACAGAUUAUAGACAUUUUGUUGAUUGUUGAUGCCUAUAUUUGCAACUUGUUCGUGAUUUAUGACGUUUGUGCUUAUAGAAUUUUCAGACUGUGAUGGUGGUGAGGUAUCUAUCGUCCACAAAGACUGGAUCACUCCUAGAAAAACGGAGGUAUAUUAGCCACCAUAUAAGCAGCAAACCCAUUAAAAAGGGGGAAAAAGUUGAUCCUGAAAUGUGGAAAUUGUAUAAUGUGGCACGGUGUUUUUAUUCCAGCGGCACAUCUAGGCUUUCAUCUUCUAUUUUGACGUCCCAAACAAUUAAGGAAAAUUUAUGUUUGGGUAACAAAAAUAUAUUAUUUCAUAGAACAGGAGAUAUUAUUUUAUCAACCGAUAAGGAAAAUAAUGAAAAUAUAGAAAAAUUGAUUCAGUUGCAAGAAAGAUAUAUUGAGUUACAUAUUGAAGAACAAAAUAAACAGAUAUUAGUAACAAUUUCAAAGCAGGAAAAGACAAGGGAAAAGUCAAGUUUUCCGGAUCUACCAGUUAAAUUUCCUGUAGAUACAGAUAAUAAUUUGAAAAUUUUGGAUGAGAUACUUAGAGAAAAUACUGAAAUUGCUGAUUGCUUGUGCUCCUAUUUAUCAAGUCUUGGAGGAAAAGAUGCUACUAAUAGAACAAACAGAAUCUUCAAGUACAUUCUAAGUGACGAAGCUGCAAAAAAUUACAAUUUUUAUGGGAAAAGGACAGAGAAGGAAGCUUUUUGUCACUUUACUUUAUGCAGCAUUAUUGUUCAAGCUGUUAAAAUAUCGCAUUCAGGGACUUCAGAUAAAGAUGUCGAAGACAUAAUAAAAGUUUGGUUGAAACAUGCUCCAGAACGAAUCAGUAUUUCUGAAUAGGUUAUUGUGCAUUAUUUUAUAAUUAUGGUCAUUGACAUGCAAGUCAUAAUUAAUUUCAUUUAAAUUGAAGAUUGCAUUUUCAACAGAUGGGUUAACACAACUGGAACCAUUACUUUCACUUGAAGUAUUAUUAAAAAUAAUUGUAGAGGACCUACCAAGAACAUUGUUAUUAAAUCCGAUGAAUUUUUUUUUUUUUGAGUAGUAUUCUGUAAUGCAUUAUGAACACUAGCAGAAACUCUUCUAUAAAACUGUCGUUUUCCGACAAUUUCUUUAGGUUUGCAAUGCAUGUUUAUUUAGCCGUCUUUCACAAUUUCUGAUAAUCUUAACGAUAAUCUCAUAUGUUUUCCAAUAAUCCAUACUUUACAUGAAAAUAUGUAGGUAACCUGAAAAGGAUUAAUCAAUACAUGUUUAUAUGUAGAUAGAUUUAUUUCUAUAGUACAUAUACUUUGUUUUAAUGUAGUUUAGUUUUAAAUUCAGCAUUAUUGUCAAUAUUUUUUUAAAAUUUACAUUCACCAAUAUUCAUAAUAUUUAUUUGCUAUAUUCACGGUUAACAUUAAUGUUAAGUUGAAAUUAAAAGUUAAGUUGUAUACGUAUAGGGUGUCUCAGGUUUUAAUGGGGAUUUAAUAGGUGAUAAAACUCAUAAAGUUCAUAUAAAUUAUUUGUUUUUAAAGCUGUGUUUUUGAGGUAUAGGGUGUUACAGUUAAUAAAAAAAAAACAUAUUCAAAUAUCUGAAAAACUACUAGACAUAAAAUUUUGCACGUUUUUAGUAAUAAGUAAGUAAUUCGAUGCAAUUAGAUUUAAUUUAAUUUUCCCAGUGGGGCAGUGUUAGAGCAUCCUAACUAGAUAUUUUAAACACAAAUUUGGGCACGCCACUGCUUUUUGUGUAUGAUUAAAUUAUAUUUAGAUGGAGUAAUUAAAAACAUUU